AGUAAAGACAGCUGCGACACAGACGACGGGCACUCAUAGACGAGUAACUAGAACGGCGAACGCGCGCUGAAGAAGGGCGCCGUUUUCUACCUACGCAGCUACCACAACACAGCAUUUGCAAAGUAAAAAAGAGAAAAAAUAUAUUAGAACCAACAUCAACGAAGAGCUUUCACUUCCCAUUAGAUUGAGACACCACAUAGAUCAUGUCCAACACAGAAAUUGCCUUCUUUGUGUUCCCUACGGGUGUUGGGGAGGAAGACGUGCGUGUCCGCGGAGAAGUUCCGGUUCUGCCCACCGCCGUCGCCGACACCGCAUCGACGUUGUCCACCGCUGUCGACGCAGUCCCGAUGACCUCUCCGCCGCCGCCUGAACUGCUGCCUUUAGAGCUGCGCGCAAGGCACGUUCGCUUCGAAAGCGUGCCGUCUCCUACCACCCUCAAUGGAGCAGCUGCAUCCAGUCCGCAGGGUCACCACACGGCGGUCAACGGGGCGGUGAUUUCGUUGACUUCCUCCUCGUCUGCAGCUGCUGCAACGACCGCCACCACCGCUACUGUCAGUGCCACAUCCGCGGCGCCAUCCACUGAGCUGACGAUCCGCAUGCACUACAUGGCCGCGAGCUACCUGAGCGAGUUGCAGCGAGGAGCUGCCCUGGCGAGGCGCUUGUCGUCUUCAUCUUUUACAGUAUCUUCAUCGGGCAGCUUACUUUCUUCUCUUGGUGGCUAUGUGCAGCUUGCGGGCGGACAGCGUUGUUACUAUGUCUGCCCCAUUGAGGACGGUCGUUAUCUCGCCGCAGCCUGUCUUCCUUUUGGUGUCUGGCACCAACUUGGCGGCGGCGACGGCGCGGCUUACACGGACUUCCUCGUUCGCACCGCACUGACCGGCACAGCACUCUCACCGAGUGCAUUCCGGAAGGGGAGCACGGCGGAGAUGGUGUGCUACGCGUCACUGCACACGCGGCUCGCCAGCAACCCCCAACUGGUACAGCAGAGCAUGGCCGCGCGUGUGAAGCGUAUCGCACACGUUAGCAAAGCAGUGGCCUUCCAUCCGCACCGCUAUGCAGCUCGUGUGGCCGCCCUCCACCGCCUGUGCCGCGAGGGUGUUUCAUCGUUGCGGACACACCCGCGACUGGCGCAGCGAGUAGAGGAGCUCAUGCGAGCUGCCACAGGCCCCACGAGCACCGCUUCGCUGCGUGGCGUGAUGCCGACCAUGGGGCUGACCAAAUCGGAGCAUCGAUACGUGCUGGCUGCGUCGUCGUUGUGGUACCGCGGCCACCCACUUUACACGAGCCUGACAGCCUCCGGUGCGCAGUUGCGCUCGGCUGCCUUAUCGGUGCUGCUCGAGGAGUUGGAGAAACUGAGCUGCACAGGAGAGGACGUAUCCUAUCAGGGGUCGGACAGCACCCCUGCGAGCGUGACAGCGCAGUGCUUCUGUGUCGGGUGGAGUGGACACAACGCUUCAUCAGCCCGCCCAACGGCAAGUGGGUACGUCAGCCAACCCACGCGGACCGGCCCAGCACCAUCACCAUCACGCCGCACAGAACACGCAGCCACCGCGGCGCAGCCGUGUGUCGUGUCGAUGGCCUUCACCUCGUCCGCCGGUUGGACCGUCGCGUUGUUGCUGCAACCGAUGCGCACGCCCUAUCUCGGCACUCCCCUGUCGACCAUCUUCACCGGUGUGCAGACUCUUGUGACGGACACCUUCGCGGACGACGGCUUCGUCCGCUUCGUGCGGGAGGCGACGGCGGCGCUGCGCAGCACGUGGCGGCGACCGGUUCACCUUCUCUCUCCGCUCGCCGCGCAGCUCGAGACGGCUGUGAUGGCCAUUCGGGUCGGGCAGCGUCCGCUAGGUGCCGUUGCGGCGCCCGAUAAAGUGCUCUACUUCCUGGACGUUGCAGCAGCGGCAGCGGCUCAGCUUGCGUCGAAGGCGACGUCAUCGUCUUCACCCUUCUCCCGGUGCGCCUCUCCGUUCGCAGCGCUGCGCUUGACAAGCAAACAGAAUAAGAUGGACAAGCAGCGCAAGGCGUCGUUCAUCGCCUCCUACGCGGCGGCGCAGCGAAGUCGCAGUCUCGGCGACACAGACGACUGCCCCCCUUACGCGACGAUGCCCACAAACACGUCGGAUACUAAGAACAAUCAAAGUACCAGCGGAUGCUUUCCACGCUGUGUGGAGGCGGUCGUGCAGGCUGCCGCGCGUUAUGUGCACCUCGCCGCUCAAAUACAAAGGUGCAGCCAACGCCAGGGGCGAGGAGUUCGGCCGACCCUGCCCUCUCACGGUGCAGCGCCACCACUCCUGCUGCAGCAUCAACGACGUUCGCAGGCAGUGUUUUCUGUUGUAGCGGAGAAGGACACGGUGAUACUCGUAAAGGCAGUGCCGUCCUGCGGCGGAGGCGGCACCAGUGGUGUUCUCUUACCGUUCAGUAAAGCGCAGCGCUCGGUACUGUAUGUAGUGGUGGAGCUGGAGAAGAAGAAGAUGCCUGCGUCGGCUCACGAUGAGUUACGCGCCUUUGCCUCGUGGGUCCUUGCACGGUGUCUGUGA